AAUAGCCAAAACACACCGUAUCCCACACAAUUUCUCCCUCUUUCGGAAUCCAAAAUGGCAGUGGAUCCGAUCCAAACACUUCCACCUCCAAGAUCCGCUACCGAUUUCUUCUCGGACCCGCUCGAUUUCCACCCGUUAUGGUUUAAACCGGACCUUUUCCUCUCUCCGAACUUCGACUCCGACUCUUAUAUUUCGGAGCUCCGAACUUUUGUCCCCUUCGACACUCUCCGAUCGGAACUCCAAGCACACUUAACUUCCCUGAAUCACGAAUUAAUCGAUUUAAUCAACCGUGAUUACGCAGAUUUUGUUAAUUUAAGUACCAAACUGGUCGAUGUGGAUUCUGCUGUCGUUCGGAUGCGGGCUCCGUUAUUGGAGCUCCGAGAGAAGAUUGAAGGGUUUAGAGGGAGUGUGGAGUCCUCUCUUGUGGCUCUGAAGAAUGGAUUGGAGCAGAGAUCGGAAGCGGCGGCGACUAGAGAGGUUUUGGAGUUGUUGCUGGACACGUUUCAUGUCGUUUCUAAGGUUGAGAAACUAAUAAAGGAGCUACCGAGUGUGCCUGCUGAUUGGUCGAAUGGAGAUGUGAAUUCAACAGAGAAGAAUGCUGCAAGCAACGGCAGCAUUGAGAAUGGGACAAAUGUAAGAGAGACUCAAAGCAUGCUGUUGGAGAGAAUUGCCAGCGAGAUGAAUCGACUUAAGUUCUAUAUUGCUCAUGCACAGAACCUCCCUUUCAUUCAGAACAUGGAGAAGAGGAUUCAAGGUGCGAGCUUGUUGUUGGAUGCAAGUUUGGGACAUUGUUUUGUAGAUGGACUGGAGCACCGGGAUGAAAAUGCAAUCUAUAACUGCUUACGUGCUUAUGCUGCUAUUGAUAAUACCAGUAGUGCAGAAGAAAUUUUUCGCACGACUAUUGUGGCUCCUUUAAUACAGAAAAUUAUUCCACAUGGACCAUCAGGAGGGGUUGUUGGGGCAUCAGGAGAUGGACUUGAAAUUGACUACCAAGAAAUCAAGAAAUGCAUUGAGAAGGACUGUAAAUUCCUUUUGGAGAUAUCUUCUGCUGAAAAUUCAGGGUUGCAUGUAUUUGAUUUCCUGGCUAAUUCAAUUCUGAAAGAGGUUCUCUCUGCGAUUAAAAAGGGAAAGCCAGGUGCCUUUUCCCCUGGAAGACCUACUGAAUUCUUGAUAAAUUACAAAUCAAGCCUAGAUUUCUUGGGUCAUCUUGAAGGCUAUUGUCCAUCCAGAUCUGCUGUCACUAAGUUUCGAGCUGAAGCCAUUUACGUUGAGUUCAUGAAGCAAUGGAAUGUUGGGGUUUAUUUCUCUUUGAGGUUCCAGGAAAUAGCUGGUGCUCUGGAUUCUGCACUUGCGACAACCAGUCUUAUACCAGUUCACAAUUCACCUUCUGGUAAUGGAAGUUCGCAAGAUUUAACAUUAAAACAAAGCGUCACUCUUUUGGAGAGCCUGAGAUCUUGCUGGAGAGAAGAUGUUCUCAUCCACUCCUGCUCUGACAAGUUUCUUCGCUUAACAUUGCAGCUUCUUUCAAGAUUUUCAAAUUGGUUGUUAUCUGGGCUGGCUGCUCGUAAGACGGGUAAUACUGGCUCCAACUCCGGAUAUGAAUGGGCAGCUUCAGCAGUUCCUAAUGAUUUCCUCUAUAUUAUUCAUGACAUAAAUUGUUUGGCCACUGAGGUUUGUGGAGAUUACCUUGAGCAUGUGCUUCAGCUUCUAUCUUCAUGUUCCGCUGAUGUACUUGAUCUAGUAAAACAAAGCAUUUUACGAGGUGGGAAGUCAUUAAAUGACUUAACACCUUUAGCUAUCAAUGCAAUCACAGAUGCACUAGUUGAUGAGGCUGUUAAGGGCUUGAAAGACGUGAAGGCAAUUGCUACGACUUUCAGGAUGACUAAUAAGCCUAUUCCUAGCAGACAUUCACUCUAUGUAUCUGGGUUGUUAAGCCCCUUAAAGAAGGAUUUUCUGGAUAUGGAAAAACACAACCCUUAUUUGACUAGGGAGACUGUUAAGGAGUUACGGCAUGGUGCUGCAACUGAGAUUACUGGUCGUUAUUAUGACAUGGUUGUUGAAAUCGUCAGUGUGGCCAGGAAGACAGAGUCUUCACUCCAGAGAUUAAAGAAGGGUGCCCAAAGACGAGCUGGAGUAAGCUCCGAUGUGUCAGAUCCCUCUGUAUCUGAUACCGACAAGCUAUGUAUGCAAUAUUUCCUUGAUAUUCAGGAGUAUGGACGUAACCUCUCUACCCUUGGGGUUGAUGCAAAAGAAAUUCCUGCAUAUCGAUCCCUGUGGCAAUGUGUCGCUCCCCCAGAUAGACAAAACGUGUUUGAUUUGUGAGAGAUGGCAUUGUUUGCCAACCAGUUACUAAUCUACUUUCAUUUGUCAAUUCCCCACACAUUUAUUUGGUGUAAAUUGAAGUCCGUGUGAAGUCCCUUUUUUCUCUUUUUUUAUAAGAAAGAAUUUUGUACUA